CAGCUGUCAUUUGGCAGAUGACACUCAAAGGCAGAGAGGCUGUUCUCGCUGCAGUUGGAGACUGAAGUGUGGUGUGGAUUGCCUGUCUAGGAGUCUAUCCUGAGAUUUUGUCCCAGGAGUGUCCCUGGCCUCGCCUGGCAUGGAGGAUAGUCUCACAAGGCCUUCGAGCCCAGCAGGGCUCUCCUGUUAUGUGGCAGUUUCUCAGCUGUUAGGUUUGACUGUGAUUGCCAUGACUGGAGCCUGGAUGGGCCAAUACCGAGGCGGUAUUGCUUGGGAAAGCGCGCUGCAGUUCAACGUCCACCCUCUCUGCAUGGUCAUUGGCAUGGUCUUCCUCCAAGGGGAUGCUCUCCUGGUUUACCGGGUCUUCAGGAACGAGACCAAGCGCUCGGCCAAAAUCCUCCAUGGGCUCCUCCAUGCCUUUGCGCUGGUCAUCGCCCUUGUGGGUGUCAUAGCCGUGUUUGAUUACCACAGGAAGAAAGGCUUUGCAGACAUGUACAGCCUGCACAGCUGGUGUGGAAUAGCAGCCUUCAGCCUCUACUUCAUCCAGUGGCUCAUGGGCUUCAGCUUCUUCCUGUUUCCUGGAGCAUCCUUCUCACUCCGCAGCAGAUACAAACCACAGCACGUCUUCUUCGGCGUCUUCCUCCUCGUUCUCUCCAUCGCCACGUGCCUCCUGGGCAUCAAGGAGCUGCUCCUCUUCAGUAUCCAGGCCACCUACAGCUCGUUCGUGCCGGAAGGGAUCCUGGCCAACAUCCUGGGCCUGCUGCUGAUCGGCUUUGGGCUGGUGAUCGGCUACAUCCUGACACGGGACGAGUGGAAGCGGCCGCCCCUGGCUGAGGAGCUGGCCCUGUCCAUGGAUUUUAAAACCCUCACUAAGGGGGAGAGCCCCAAUAGCAGCCAGUGAUGGCUCCCUGCGCUGAGGGGUUCCCCCCAGAGGCAGGGCUGGGGUGGACUUCAUGGUCGCUGCUCACCCUGCAUGUACUAGCCCCUCUGAUGUCUGUUGCUGGUGUUGCUGUGAUCUGUCUGCCAUGUGCUGGUUGUUACGCGUACAGCUGGCGUGAGGGGGGCAUCUGCUUUAACCCCUCGUCUGCAGGGGAGCUGUGUGCCAAGGCGGCGGCUCCCAGCCCCAUCCUGAUAAUAGGCAUUAUGAUGUUCUGGGACGAGCCAUGUUCUCCCACUGAGCCCUUAUACCAGCCGUGGCCCCUCCCCUGCUACCCAAAUCAUGGGGGGUGGGCUUUGUAUGUGGCAGGCGCAGGGGCAUUCCCAGUUGGCUGAGCUGCUGUGGGGGGGGUUGGAUCCUUCCCCCCUCAAGCAGCAGGAUGGCCGCAUUUCCAUUUCCCAGCCUGCCUGGCAAGUUAGCAUGAGGCCCACUAACAAAUCUAACUCAAGUGCGGAUGAAGGUCAGGGCCUGGCUCGCUCCUUGGGCUGCCUGCAGAUUUCUCCCUCCUGGAGUUCACGCAGGAUGCCAAGCGCUGUGUUGAACAUCGUGCUCCAUGGCAGCCAAACCUUGUUCUCUAGGAGCCGUGUUUUAAACCCUCCCUCACUUGCAUGCAAAGCUUUUUGUGUGUCUCGGGCUAGGGUAUUUU